AUGCUGCAGCUGUGUUUCAUGAGAGGGGGCCUCGGGUUCCUGGGCGCCAAGCGCCUCUCCCUGAUCCAUGCCGCCUUCCAGAGCACCCAGCGGGUGGAGUACAAGCCCAUCAAGAAAGUCAUGGUGGCCAACAGAGGGGAAAUUGCCAUCCGGGUGUUCCGAGCCUGCACCGAGCUGGGGAUCCGGACGGUGGCCGUCUAUUCCGAGCAGGACACAGGGCACAUGCACAGACAGAAGGCGGAUGAGGCUUAUCUCAUUGGGAAGGGAUUGCCCCCAGUCCAGGCGUAUUUGCACAUUCCUGACAUCAUCAAAGUAGCCAAGGAGAAUGAAGUGGAUGCUGUGCACCCCGGCUACGGCUUCCUGUCUGAGCGUGCGGACUUCGCCCAGGCUUGCAGUGAUGCUGGAGUACGCUUCAUCGGCCCCAGCCCAGAGGUGGUACGCAAGAUGGGUGACAAGGUGGAAGCCCGCGCCAUCGCCAUUACUGCAGGGGUCCCUGUGGUGCCGGGCACUGACUCCCCAAUAUCAUCUCUCAAUGAGGCCCAUGAGUUCUCCAACAAGUAUGGCUUCCCUAUCAUCUUCAAAGCUGCGUAUGGCGGAGGCGGACGGGGCAUGAGGGUCGUGCGCAGCUAUGAGGAGCUGGAGGAGAAUUACACCCGGGCGUUCUCGGAGGCACUGUCUGCUUUUGGGAACGGGGCUCUCUUUGUGGAGAAGUUCAUCGAGAAGCCAAGACAUAUUGAGGUCCAGAUUCUGGGGGACAAGUAUGGGAAUGUGGUGCACCUUUACGAGCGGGACUGCUCCAUCCAGAGGCGGCACCAAAAGGUUGUGGAGAUUGCCCCGGCAGCUCACCUUGACUCCCAGCUCCGUACCAAACUCACCAAUGAUGCCGUCAGACUGGCCAAGCAGGUAGGAUAUGAAAAUGCCGGCACCGUGGAGUUCCUGGUAGAUAAACAUGGCAAACACUACUUCAUUGAGGUGAAUUCCCGGCUUCAAGUGGAGCACACAGUGACAGAAGAGAUCACAGACGUGGACCUGGUGCAUGCCCAGAUCCACAUCGCGGAGGGGAAGAGCCUGGCAGAGUUGGGCCUGCGGCAGGACAGCAUACGCAUCAAUGGCUGUGCCAUCCAGUGCCGCGUCACCACCGAGGACCCCUCCCGUGGCUUCCAGCCCGACACCGGCCGCAUUGAGGUUUUCCGAAGCGGGGAGGGCAUGGGUAUCCGUCUGGAUAGCGCUUCCGCCUUCCAGGGGGCUAUCAUCUCCCCUCACUAUGAUUCCCUGCUGGUCAAGGUGAUUGCCCAUGGGAAGGACCACCCCACGGCUGCCUCCAAGAUGAGCCGAGCCCUGGCCGAGUUCCGCAUCCGAGGCGUCAAGACCAACAUCCCCUUCCUGCAAAACGUGCUGAGCAAUGACCAGUUCCUGCGGGGCACGGUGGACACACAGUUCAUUGACGAGAACCCUGAGCUCUUCAAUCUGCGCCCGGUCCAGAACAGGGCCCAGAAGCUGCUACGUUAUCUGGGCCACGUGAUGGUCAACGGCCCCACCACGCCCAUCCCUGUCAAGGCCCGCCCAUCCCCCAUUGAUCCCGUUGUUCCCACUGUGCCUUUGGGUGACCCCCCUACUGGCUUCCGAGAUAUCCUGCUCCGGGAGGGUCCCCAGGGCUUUGCCAAGGCUGUGCGGCAGCACCCUGGGCUGCUGCUCAUGGACACGACCUUCCGGGAUGCUCACCAGUCCCUGCUAGCCACCCGCGUCCGCACACAUGACCUCAAGAAGAUCUCGCCCUUCGUGGCCCACAAUUUCAACAAUCUCUUCAGCAUUGAGAACUGGGGAGGUGCCACAUUUGACGUCGCCAUGCGCUUCCUGUAUGAGUGCCCGUGGCAGCGGCUGCAGGAGCUCCGUGAGCUCAUCCCCAACAUCCCCUUCCAGAUGCUGCUGCGGGGGGCCAACGCCGUGGGGUACACCAACUACCCCGACAACUCCGUCUUCAAGUUCUGUGAAGUGGCAAAGGAGAAUGGCAUGGACAUCUUCCGUGUCUUCGACUCCCUCAAUUACCUGCCCAACAUGCUGCUGGGGAUGGAGGCGGCGGGGCAAGCCGGGGGGGUGGUGGAGGCCGCAAUCUCCUACACGGGAGACGUGGCCGACCCCACCCGCACCAAAUACACGCUGGAAUACUACGUCCAGCUGGCCGAGGAGCUGGUGAAAGCGGGGACGCACAUCCUCUGCAUCAAGGACAUGGCUGGGCUGCUGAAGCCGCGCGCCUCGGAGCUGCUGGUGGGGGCGCUGCGCCAGCGCUUCCCCGAGAUACCCAUCCACAUCCACACCCACGACACCUCCGGGGCGGGCGUGGCCUCCAUGCUCGCCUGCGCCGCCGGCGGCGCUGACAUCGUCGAUGUGGCCGUGGACGCCAUGUCCGGCAUGACCUCGCAGCCCAGCAUGGGCGCCUUGGUGGCCUGCACCCGGGGCACCAGCCAGGACACAGGCAUCCAGAUGGAGAAGGUGUUUGACUACAGCGAGUACUGGGAGAUGGCGCGGGGCCUGUACGCCGCCUUCGACUGCACGGCCACCAUGAAGUCGGGCAACGCCGACGUGUACGAGAACGAGAUCCCGGGCGGCCAGUACACCAACCUGCACUUCCAGGCCCACAGCAUGGGUUUGGGCAACAAGUUCAAGCAGGUCAAGAAGGCCUACGUCGAAGCCAACAAGCUGCUGGGGGAUCUCAUCAAGGUGACGCCGUCAUCGAAGAUCGUGGGGGACCUGGCGCAGUUCAUGGUGCAGAACAACCUGUCGCGGCAGGAGGUGGAGGCCACGGCAGACGAGCUCUCCUUCCCGCUCUCCGUGGUGGAGUUCCUGCAGGGCUACAUCGGGAUCCCCUACGGGGGCUUCCCUGAGCCCUUCCGCUCCAAGGUGCUGAAGGACCUGCCCCGCAUUGAGGGGCGCCCGGGGGCCUCGCUGCCUGCCCUGGACUUCCAGCAGCUGGAGAAGGAGCUGCGCACGCGGCACCAGGAGGAGGAGAUCACCCCCGAGGACGUGCUCUCGGCCGCCAUGUACCCCAAGGUGUUCGACGAGUUCAAGGAGUUCACGGCCACCUUUGGCCCCGUCGAGUGCCUCAACACCCGCCUCUUCCUGGAGGGGCCCAAGAUCGCCGAGGAGUUCGAGGUGGAGCUGGAACGUGGAAAGACCCUGCACAUCAAAGCCCUCGCGCUGGGAGACCUGAACCGGGCUGGCCAACGUGAGGUCUUCUUCGAACUCAAUGGGCAGCUGCGCUCCAUCCUGGUCAAGGACACACAAGCCAUGAAGGAGAUGCAUUUCCACCCCAAGGCGCUGAAGGACAUCAAGGGCCAGAUUGGGGCCCCCAUGCCUGGCAAGGUCAUCGACAUCAAGGUGGAGGAGGGGGCAAAGGUCAACAAGGGGCAGCCCCUCUGUGUGCUCAGCGCCAUGAAGAUGGAGACCGUAGUCAACUCCCCCGUGGCUGGCACAGUCAAAAAGAUCUACGUCAAACCGGACAUGAACCUAGAGGGGGAUGACCUCAUCCUGGAAAUCGAAUAG